AGGAUGGAGAGAGAGAGAGGGGGGGGGGUUGGGUUACGGAGUAGAGGAGGAUGAGGAUGCAGCGGGAAGGAGACGCUGCAGAGGAGGCUGAAAACACACCAGAGGACAGAGUGUGAGAUCCAGGACUCAAGAUGUAGGAGCAGCAUCAUCUUCAUCAUCAUCUUCAUCAGCAGCAGCAGAGAGACUCAGCCACGGUGGGGGGUGGGGGGGGGGUGAUGAUCGCACCGUAACAUCAGGCGGGACUUUGUGUGUUUAUAGGAUACAGUGAAGGUGGAGUGAAGAGGAGGAUGAAGAACUAGCCCCCGUGUUCAGGGCGGAGGGAGAGCGUCGCUCUGAGGAUCAGAUGUUGUCCACAGCUCAGCAGAUGCUGCAGGAGAGCCGCUCCAAGAUCGAGCUGAUCCGCCUGCAGAUCAUCAAAGUCACCCAGGCGGGCGGGGGGGGCGGCGGAGGAAGCCCCGACAGCUGCACCCAUGCAGACGCUCCUCCGGACCCCCGCCUGGCGGAGCUGCAGCAACUGGUGCGCAGGGAGGAGGACGCCUUGUCUCUGGCCCGGGACGUGGUCAAGCAGCUGGAGGGGAUCUCCUCUCUGGACCAGAAGGCCCUGGCCGAGGCUCGGUCCCGGGUGCACGAGGCCUCCCAGAAGCUGGAUCUUCUGCGGCUGUCUCUGGAGAGACGCACCGAGGAGAAGACCCAGGAGCCUGAGGAGGAACCCGGGUGUCCCCUGUCCAGCUCGACGUCCACCGGGUCCCUCAAACCCGCCUACUUGACCGGAACACUUGAAGUCCGACUUCUUGGAUGUGAAGAUUUACUGAAACCCUCGACCAACUCGGAGCCAGAACCCGCCCCGAGUCCCUCUGAGGAGAGUCCAGCAGCUCACCGGGCCGAGGGGCCCGCCGAGGAGGUGGGCGCCGUGCUGCGGCUGGACGGCCGGCUGGUGGGUCGGACGCGCUGGUCGGCCGUCAGCAGGCUGACCUGGGAUCAGACCUUCUGCAUCCAGCUGGAGCGGGCUCGGGAGCUGGAGGUCGCGCUGUUCUGGCGGCACGGGGGGGCCAUGUGCGCGGUGAGGUCCCUGCGGCUGGAGGAGAUGACGGACCACCUGGCCCCCGGCCGGGGCAUCAGGCUGGAGCCCCAGGGCCUCGUCUACGCUGAGCUUCGAUUCGUCGACGCCGUCGUCGAGCGGCAGCCGAAACUGAGACGUCAGCGAUGCAUCUUCACCAAGGAGAAAGGGAAGAACUUCCUCCGAGCGGCCCAGAUGAACAUGAACUUUGCCACGUGGGGCCACCUGAUGAUGAGCGUCCUUCCUCGCUACGGCUCCUUCACCACCUUCAGCUCCUCCCCCUACGCCGCGGCCGACCACGGACAACGUCCCGCGGAGCCUGAACGCACCGCCCCAGUUCAAAGCAGCGAAGCUCCAGAAGCCCCAGUCGGGUUCCCUGAGGAUCCCGAGGAAGACGUGGGCCCCGACCCCCUCGACCCCCCCGCACAGAGCCAAACAUCGGCAGAAACACGGUCGUCCAUUAACGACACGGAAGGACGUGAAGACCCGCCCCCAUCGGCUCUAAAGAUGCAGAAGGAAGAUUUCAAGUACAUCUGUGUGCUGGGCAGAGGCCACUUCGGGAAGGUUCUGCUGGCCCAGUUCUACCAGACCGAGCAGCUGUACGCCAUCAAAGCCUUGAAGAAGAGGGACAUCGUGACCCGCGAUGAGGUGGACAGCCUGAUGAGCGAGAAGAGGAUCUUCGAGAUGAUCAACGCGUCCCGACACCCGUUCCUGGUGAGCCUGCACGGCUGCUUCCAGACCAGCGACCACGUCUGCUUCGUCAUGGAGUACCUGCCGGGAGGAGACCUCAUGAUCCACAUCCACAACCACGUCUUCAGCGAGGCCCAGACCCGGUUCUACUCGGCGUGCGUCCUGCUGGGUUUAGAGUUCCUCCACCUGAAUAAAAUCAUCUAUCGAGACCUGAAGCUGGACAACCUGCUGAUGGAUGCAGAUGGAUUCAUCAAAAUCACAGACUUUGGCCUCUGUAAAGAAGGGAUGGGUCACGGAGAUCGGACCUCCACCUUCUGCGGGACCCCCGAGUUCCUGGCUCCUGAGGUCCUGACGGACGACAACUACACCCGGGCGGUGGACUGGUGGGGGAUGGGGGUCCUGAUCUUUGAGAUGCUGAUAGGAGAGUCUCCGUUCCCCGGCGAGGACGAGGAGGAGGUGUUCGACAGCAUCGUCAACGACGACGUGCAGUAUCCCGGGUCUCUGCCCCCCGACGUGGUCUGCAUCAUCCAGAAGCUGCUGAAGAAGAAUCCUCUGAAGAGGCUGGGCGCCGGAGAGAGGGACGCCACCGAGCUCAAAGGGGAGCCCUUCUACGAGAGCAUCGACUGGGAGGCGCUGCUGGCCAAGAAGGUGACUCCGCCCUUCCUGCCGUCCAUCAAGGAGUCGAUGGACGUCGGCAACUUCGACAGCGAGUUCACGCGGCUGCAGCCCGUCAUGACGCCGCCCGCCAAGCCCUUCGUCCUCUCCGCCGAGCAGCAGGGGGCCUUCGCCGACUUCGACUUCUGCGCCGUGCACGGCUGAGGGGGGGCGGGGGGGGGCUGUGGCCUCCCUCAGAGGACCAGCGGACGCCUUUCACCCGUAUUUCAAGUAUCCUUUAAUCAGUUAUUUCAUUCCCUGAAUCAAUCAGAUCAAGUACCUAAAACUUUUGCAUCAAAUUAACUUUAAAAAGUACAGAUGAAUUAAAGUCCUUUCCACAGCGUGCUACUGGUUAGCUUAGCUUAGUCUUUGUGCUAGAUGAAGGGUUCCACCACGAAGGGAUCUUCUUCUGAUCCGUAGCUGAGGUCACUUCGCCUCCUGGUGGACUCUGAAACGUGUUGAAUGGACUUGUUGCAUCCUGAGUGCCGCAGACGUUCAGCUUGCUUCGUGGCCUUUUCCUCCAUGCGUCACUGUGACAGGCCCCGCCCACUGCCUUGACCACGCCAUGCUAACGAGAAGCUAACCUGCUCCAUGGGGGCCAGCUGCUGUGAAUGCUAGAGAUAUACACACAUAUAUAUAUAUUAUAUAAUGUAACAAAAGAGAAGCCAUAGAGAAUCUAACAUAGCCACGAUAGAGACAAAUAGCUGUAUUUUGUAUUUAGCUAAUGAUAUUCUGUUAUACUAAAACUAUGAUGUCUGUGCAACACAAGAAGAUGAUCUUUAAGUCUCAUAAUGGAAGGAGCACUUUAACAGAGCAACUUAACACCAAAUGCACUUUUUAAGAGUCAUUUUUAUCAUUAAUGACUCGAGUCCAGGGUUUAUUGUUCAGAGGCUUGUCUUAUUUAUCUUUUGUCUUAAAUAUUGUCUUAAAAUCUGUAAGACCACGCCCCCGUUUCUGGUUUGGAAAGCGGUGAGGGAUCGAUCCUCAGAUAGCAGGUCAGACUGAGGUCACAUAAACUCAUGUUUUCUGAGGGUUUGGCGUCAUUUCCUCAUAGACGUCUAUGGGAGCAGAGGAGUCGCCCCCUGCUAGUCACUACACAGAAGUAGAGUCAUUUCCUCAUAGACGUCUAUGGGAGCAGAGGAGUCGCCCCCUGCUGGUCACUACACAGAAGUAGAGUCAUUUCCUCAUAGACGUCUAUGGGAGCAGAGGAGUCGCCCCCUGCUAGUCACUACACAGAAGUAGAGUCAUUUCCUCAUAGACGUCUAUGGGAGCAGAGGAGUCGCCCCCUGCUGGUCACUACACAGAAGUAGAGUCAUUUCCUCAUAG